AUUUCAGAUUUUAGCGCCUUAACCUCUGUUUAACCCCCACAUUGCAGUUGCAUGAUGGUUUAGUAUAAGUAAGAUGUUACACACGCAUUCGACAGCAACCCCAUGGCGAACCUCCCCGCCCUGGUCAUGAUAGUUGUGCGACAUACAUAUUGUUGAACUGAACUAUCGGUGCUACGAUAAUCUUUACCAAAAAUAAAUUCGAGGAGGAUCAUGACGUGCUCGAGGAGAAAUCGAUGGCAAUGUUACCUCAUAUACUAUAGUAAUGCCCUGAUUUCGUUUACUGCACGCGCUAGAUCCAUCAAUAAUUGCGUUUUCGCUCUACAUGACUGGCGUAUCUCAAGGGUCUUCAAGCCUCUCAAAAGGGGCAACCUGUCACGCAACACACCAUUACUACCUCAAUCUUGCACUCACUCCUCCGAUUGCCGUUUCCAAGCGCUAAUGACAACGGUAACAUGCUGGAUGCUUGGCAAAUACGUGCGGGGGUAAAAUCCGGGGAAGUCACCAUAGCAUAUCACAAGGUCACUGAGGGACAUACUAUAGCCUUUAUCAGGGAUUAGAAGGAACAUGAUAUGCAGGGAAUGCUUAUCAGCAGAACACUGUUGGUUCUGCGAGGGUACAGG